AUGGAUGAGCAGCUCCAAUUUCAAGAACAGGUUCCUUGGACCAAUGAGCCUCCAGUCAGCACAGAAUGGUAUCAAUGGGACUUUGAGACAUUCCCAUCAGAUCUGCCAGAGUUAUGUGAAAAGAAGGCUAUCCGCAUGGUGGCACGUAUCUAUCUUCCAGUCAUGGUUGUCCUGUUCUGUGUUCUGGGCUUCCUUGGUAAUGGGAUUUUGCUGUUGGUUCGUGCCCGUUACCAUCGAGUCCAGUUCCUUGGCGACAUCCUGCUCUUACAUCUGGCUAUCUCGGACUUGCUCCUACUCUUGACUCUACCAGUGGGUGUGGCUGGAAUGAUGGGCACUUGGUACUUGGGCAUGACUGCUUGCCAAGUUCUGCAAGGUUUUCAUGCCCUGACCUUUUACAGUGGCUUUCUUUUCCUCAUGAGUCUUACCCUGGACCGCUACAUAGCCAUAGUCUGGGUACCCAUUGCCCGCCGCAUGCGUCCCACUGCCAGUUUCUGGGGCAAGCUUUGUUCAGGGGUGAUGUGGCUAUUCUCAGCAGCUCUAGCAGUGCCCAAUGUCAUGUAUGCUCAUGUGGAAGACUACAAAGGCUUUCAGCUCUGCAGGGUAACUGUUGUCAGAACUACUGUUUGCUUCGUGCAAGUGGGCUUUGGUUUUGUGCUACCAUUCAUUAUCAUGGUAAUCUGCUAUGCAGCCAUUACACGUACUAUUUGGUCCUCUCCUUAUGCCCAGUCACACAAGGCCUUGUGGCUCAUUUUGGCCCUGGUUCUGCUGUUUUUGGUUUUGCAACUCCCUUAUGCACUACUCACCUUAUUAGAUGCAGCGGAUUUGAUAGGCCAGCAGGCAUCAAGCUGCACAGUAAGCCUUCAGCGUGAUCUUGCCCUCCUCAUUACCAGUGGCUUGGUCUUUGCUCGCUGCUGCCUAAAUCCUGUGCUUCAUACUUUCCUGGGUGUGCGGUUCCGUAAGGACCUGCAAAGAUUAAGUAGAGAGUUUGGCUGCCUGGGGCAUUGGGCAUGCUGUAACGAUAGACCCAGGAGUGGCAGCCGUCAUGCUUCCUUUACUACCCAUCUGGAAAGACUAUCAAGAACACCAUGAAAACAUUAGCACUGCCCACCUCAGAAGAGUCUUGGAAUGCUGGAAGACUGGCUUU